CCUCGUAUAUAUAUUUGUGUAUCUUGGCAGUGCUUGUGUAAUAUAAUCAAGAAUUUAUUCUAGACAGCAAAAAUGUUAUGUUCCCUACAGUACCUAGCAGCUGUUACUUAACAACUCAGAGGCAAAUUCAAAAUGACACUAUGAUUAACACUAUGUACCACUGAAGGUUGUUUGUUUUAUGGUGAAUAUAUGUAAAAACCAAACAUCUCAUUCUUUUAACCAAUUUUUUUUUUUUUAAAUCAGAAAUAGUUUUAAGUCAAUGACAAUUCUUUUAGCUGUUUCUUCUAGUGUUUACCUUCAGGUUUCUGAUACAUUGUAUUGCUAUUUUUUGACUUCUCAGUUUAAAAUGGUAUCUGUAUACUUACUAUUAUGGUAGUUGAUUUUAGAUCUCUUGCACCAACACCACCCAUUUCUCCGCUCUCAUCCUCAAAAUACAGUCAAUGAUAUAGUUGGUUAAGUCAGUAGUUAGUUAUUGCAUUGAAGGAGUUCAGAACACACCACCCCAGAAUAUGCCUCUCUGGCAUUAUUGACUAUUUUGAAUUAAAGGCAAUUGAAAAACAGCAGCUGCAAGAAAGACAUUCUGAUCUCCCUUCUUUUUCUUGAAAGCAGAUUAAAUUCCCAUGUGAAAAUGUCCUUCUUAUACCAGAAGGAAAGAGACAUUCUUAUCACCAAGGGCAUGCAGUCAAGCCUGAGGCAACGGUUGAAGGAAGGCGCAUGCGCAUCAGGCGAAGCGCGUGCCGCAUCCUGCCGCUCUCCCGGUCGCUGUCUCCGGACCCUCAGACGCUCCGUUGAUUUAAAGAAAAUACUUUAUCAGAAGAUGGCCACUGCACAAUUGCAGAGAACUUCCUCCACGAGUGCAUUGGUAUUUCCCAAUAAGAUAUCAACUGAGCAGCAGUCUUUAGUGUUAGUGAAGAGGCUCCUAGCAGUUUCGGUAUCCUGCAUCACGUAUUUGAGAGGAAUAUUUCCAGAGUGUGCUUAUGGAACAAGAUAUCUAGAUGAUCUUUGUGUCAAAAUUCUGAGAGAAGACAAAAGUUGUCCAGGAUCUUCACAGUUAGUGAAGUGGAUGUUAGGAUGCUAUGAUGCUUUACAGAAAAAAUAUCUGAGGAUGGUUGUUCUAGCUGUAUACACCAAUCCAGAAGACCCUCAGACAAUUUCAGAGUGUUACCAAUUUAAAUUCAAGUACACCAGUAAUGGACCAAUCAUGGACUUCAUAAGAAACCAAAAGAGUGAAUCUAAUAUGUCAUCUGCUGACACCAAGAAAGCAAGUAUUCUCCUCAUUCGCAAGAUUUACGUUCUAAUGCAAAAUCUGGGACCUUUACCUAAUGAUGUUUGUUUGACCAUGAAACUUUUUUACUAUGAUGAAGUUACACCCCCAGAUUACCAGCCUCCUGGUUUUAAGGAUGGUGAUUGUGAAGGAGUGAUAUUUGAAGGGGAGCCUAUGUACUUAAAUGUGGGAGAAGUCCCAACAGCUUUUCACACCUUCAAAAUAAAAGUGACCACUGAGAAAGAACGAAUGGAAAAUAUUGAUUCAACUAUAUUAUCACCAAAACAGUUAAAAACACCACUUCAAAAAAUUCUCAUGGACAAAGAUGAUCUAGAAGAUGAACAGGAGCACUAUACAAGUGAUGAUUUUGACACUGAAACUAAAGUAGGAAAGCAGAAAAAAAACCCUGGAUCUUCUGAACUUGGAGAACAAAGUUUAGUUUGUGAUGAAGAUGAAAUUAUGAGGUCUAAAGAAAGUCCAGAUCUUUCAAUUUCUCAUUCUCAGGUUGAGCGGUUAGUCAGUAAAACAUCUGAACUUGAUGUGUCUGAAAGCAAAACAAGAAGUGGAAAAAUAUUUCAGAAUAAAAUGGCUAAUGGAAAUCAACAAGUAAAAUCUUCUAAGGAAAAUCGGAAGAGAAGUCAACUUCAAUCUGGGAAAACAGUCCGUCGUCAGUUUGAUUCUUCUAGUCAAGAGUCAGUGCCAAAAAGAAGAAAGUUUAGAGCACCAAAGGAACGUAUAUAAAAAAAUUUUUUUUCUGCAUGUUUGCAAAGUUCUUCACAACAUUUAAACUAAAGGACACUGUAUUACUAUUUUAAGGUGUGUUUGCCCUACCUCUGAAAACUUAUAUGUAGUUUUAAGCAGUUAGUACACUGAAAUGAAUUCUUAGCUGACUAUCAUAUUGUGAUCUUUAAUUUUAUAUGAGACAAAUUCAAGAGAACUUUUGAAUAAAAACAAAAGUACCAGUGUCAUAAUUUAUUCUUUUAAUUAUCUACUCAAUAUUGAUCCAUCUUCCAUUUUGGUGGACAUUUCCUUUAAACAUAUAUUAAGUUUUAAAGCCCUCUAAAGCAGUUUUUUGAAAUAAAUGUUUAUUUUGGUAUUAAAUUUUGAUAGAAAUUCACUUUUUACUUAUGUUAAAACUAUACAAUUUAGCUGUUUGUCAUGUUGUUAUUAAAAGUGUUCUUCAGUACUUUGACAUAGUAUAUUAACAUGAUAAUAUAUAAUGUACAAUUAAAAAUUGGUGCUAUCCCUUUUUUAACAUUUUUUACUAAAAGACAAAAUGACUGAUUUUAAAGUCUGGCAUUUUUGGCAGCAUAAAUAAAAUACUGCUCAGCUUCUAAACUCUUUCAUGGCUUCUACUUUUUAUUUAAUUAGCAGAAAAUGUUUAGACACUAAUUUUGAGAUUUUAGCAGAUGUCACUUUGCACACUUCCUAGAACUUUUUGAGUAGUACUGUGAAAGAUAUGCUUUUAAUGAAAAACCUGGGAUCUGGUUCCAGAUUUGAUUAUUUCCUGUGCUUUAGAAAAGGAAGGCUUAAAACUUGGUCUGUUGCAAUUUCAGCUGCCAGAGUCUAAAAACAAACAUUUUUAUGGGCUUGCUAGUAACAAGCACUAACAGAGAAUGUUAGUAUGAAUGCUGUGGUAGAGAUGUGCCUAUCCUGUUUCAUGUAAACCAAAUAAACAUCCACAAACUGACCUAAAUCAGGUUUUUCUCGAACAGGAAAGUUAGGGAUAAGCUACUUGUCGAAAACAACCAAUGUUUAUGUAUUCUUAGCUUCAUUGGAUAUCAACCCAUUCCACCUUAUUG